UUGUGUUAUGGGUGCUAAGAUAGUUGAUAUUAUAAUAUUAAUAUACAUUUAUAUACUACAUAUAAAUACUUAUAUAAUGUAUAAAUAUACACAGACACUGGAAAACACCCAUGCUCAUCACACAAAUAUUUUCCAGUUGUGGGAAUCGAACCCACGACAUAUAAAUAGACAUUUCUAUAUCCAAAAGAGUGUCAUAUCUUUCAAUCAACCAUUAAUGUUAUUUAACAUUAAUCAUUUUUAUUGUAUUCACGAAAGCACAGCCCAUUUUACCCCAACCCUAAUGUUACACCCCGAUUCCAUCGCUAUACAUUAAACAUUGCAUGAUUAUUAUUCAAUUGUUACAUUUUAACACGAACGCGGAACGAUGGCCAUAAACAGUGCAAUAGCGAACAUAACCUCAAAUGAAUGCGAAAGUAUAGAGACUAUGGCCCAAAGUGCUGCUAAAAUAGCAUUCCACAACUUCAAGUGGCAAUUUGUUACACUAGUUUUGUUCAAUACGACACUUAUGUGCGGUGUGAACGCUUUUCUGCGGUCUUUUAAAAAGAAUACAAUAGUUGCUAACGAUAUGUAUAUUCCGUUGUAUUCUCGGCGUUCUAUUACGCGACAGUAUGUUAUAUUUGGAACUAAUUUGGAUAGCAUUUUACAUUUAUUAACUUGGAUGGAGAGACGUAAAUUUGACAACACCGCCGAUCAUCUGAUCAUAUGCCAAUCUAAAGGACGAGACAAUUGCGAUGAGGUUAUCGCUCUGCAAUAUUUAUGGGAGCGAAGAAUUAUGAGCACUAUAUUCAUUAACGAUGUAUUCCAUAAUGGUACGAGUGGUUAUUAUUAUGAAUACGGAGAAGAAUGCAGAAAUACACCGCCAAUUAAAGUAGCCGAUUGGGAUUCUUGCGUUUCCACAAACAUAUCGAGUUAUUGUGCUGGAAAAUUUCCUCUGCCAUUUCAUAAUAUGUACGGAUGUCCUCUAAUAGUAUCAACGUUUUUCCAACCUCCUUACAUGUAUAUCACCGAUGGUAUGCCUUCAGGAGCUGAUGGAGACUUGUUGAAGAUUAUAAUACAAGCGCUGAAUGCUACUCUCGUGAUCAAGACACCGAGUAGAGGAGAUGGCUGGGGAAAUCUAGACGAGAACGGUACGUGGGUAGGAUGUCUCGGUGACCUUUACUUCGAUUUAGCAAACAUUUCUAUGGCAUCUGCUGCCAUUACCCACGCAAGAUACACGUCGUUUGAACUGUCCAUAUUUUACUACACUACUACAAUAGUCUGGAUAACACAUCCACCAACACUGGAGCCAUCUUCGUAUAAACUCCUUCGCCCAUUUAAGGUUGACGCUCGAAUUGCUUUAGGCCUUUCUUUUUUAUUUGUUGUUAUUCUGGCUCUAUUUUUCAGAACUAACUUCUGUACAUCUUUAUGUCACAUAAUAAAUGCAGGCCGUUUACCGGAUAGUGUAAUAUUCUCGGCAUGGAAGAUGUGCAUGGGUCAAGCAGUCACUGUCGUACCUUUGAAAAUGACGACUCUCUAUUUGAUACUGUUCUGGAUUUGGUACUGUUUCUUAGUGAGAACGUUUUACCAAGUGCAUCUGAUUAAUUCUUUAAAAACAGACGUAUAUUCGCAAGAAUUGUUGACUAUAGAGGAUGCUAUUGCUGAAGGUUAUUCCUUUGGUGGAGGUCCAGCAUUGCGGGAGUACUAUGUUGAUUCCCCUUUAGUUUAUAGAAACUGGGAAGGCAGAGAUAGUUCUGAGUAUAAAAUGAUUUUGUUAAAUAUAUCACAAGGAAUGAAGUACGUUUUAGCGGUAAACGUAGCAAUGGUCCGAAAGUUUCUUAGAAAACCAGGAAGCAAGUUACAAAUUUUACCUCAGACAGUUAUUUGUAGCCCUAUAGGCAUAUUUUUGAAGAAAUAUUCUCCUUUAACUGAAGUGAUUAAUCGAAAAUUGACACAUUUGUUUGAAUUUGGAUUUCCUGAAAAGAUUUUCAAGAACAAUACCGAUUCAGGAUAUGUGGAGAAACCGACAGAUGAGAACAAACCGAUCAAGCUCAUACAUUUCACGGGAUGUUACAUUUUAUUGUUAGUUGGCUGGGUUUUGUCGUUUAUUUUGUUUCUUAUUGAAUUGUACGUCAAUAGACAAAGGAAACCUACCAUUAGGUUUAGUAAUUGAUUUCGUUAAUAGCACAAGCCAUCAAGAUAUUAAAA